AUGGACUCCGGAGCAACAGCAUCCGUGAUCAACUCCAAUACAUACGCACUGCUGAAGAAGCCAAAAUUGCACAAGUGUUCUCGAGUUUUACAUGCGUUUGGACAUACACCAAUACCAUUGCUAGGGGAGCUGCACACUGUCGCAAAGCGCGGGGAGAAAGAGAAAGAAGUGGUCUUAAUUGUGGCAAAUAUAGAAACUUCGACCAAUCUCUUCGGCAUGGAUCUAUUUAACAUUUUCGGAUUCGAUAUCAUGCAAGUAUCGAACAUUUAUGAGGUGCAUAAUGACAAAAUAAGUGACCUCUGCAACAAAUACAACGAAGUGUUUGAACCAGCUAUGGGUGUCAUUAAAAACUUCAAAGCCACCGUAUUUCUGAAAUCGUCAGCAACGCCAAAGUUUUAUAAAAGCCGCCAAAUUCCGUUCGCUCAGAUGGACAAAUUUAAAGCUGAAGCAGACAGACUCACACAAGCUGGAAUUUGGAAACCAGUCAAGUUCAGCAAUUGGGCAUCCCCAAUUGUGCUCGCACCUAAGCCAGGUGGCGAUAUUCGUAUUUGUGGCGAUUUUAAACAGGCAGUCAACGCAAAAAUCGACGUCGAACAGUAUCCAAUACCAACAAAAGAAGCUCUAUUCCACAUCAUUCGUCAUGGAAAGCAGUUCAGCAAGAUAGACCUCAAGGACGCCUAUCUUCAGAUGGAAUUAGAUGAGGCUUCAAAAGAAAUCAUGGUGGUUAACACACCACUGGGCCUAUUUCAGUAUCAGCGCCUUCCUUACGGGAUUCCAAGUGCACCAGCCAUUUUUCAAAGAUACCUUGAGCAACUUCUAAAGGGAAUAGAAGGUUGUGGCAACUAUUUAGAUGAUAUCAUCAUCUCAGCACCUACAAGCGAGGAACAUCUGAACCGAAUCGACCAAGUUCUCAGCACUCUUCAAGCGAACGGCAUCAGAUGCAAAAGGCAAAAAUGCUUUUUUUUCAAGGACGAAAUUGAAUAUUUAGGGCGAAGAAUUAGCGCAAACGGAUUUCUUCCAGACAGCUCAGGCUUGGAGGCUGUAAAACUGUUGAGACCGCCUUCCAACUUACAACAAUUGGAAGCAUUCAUGGGUAAAGUCAAUUAUUAUUGUAAUUUUAUUCCGAACUAUUCGCAGUUGGCUGCUCCAUUGAACCAGCUUCGCAGGACAGAUGUAGCCUUCUUUUUUGGUCCACAACAGCAACAAGCAUUUACAGCUCUUAAGUCCCACAUUAUCAACGCAACGCAGCUAGCUCACUUUGACGAAAAUUUACCGCUAGUGCUCGCUACAGAUGCCUCAUCCUUUGGCAUCGGGGUAGUCCUUUCACAUCUUCAGCCAGAUGGAGGAGAGAGACCCAUUGUUUUCGCAUCUAAGACACUCGACAAGCAUCAGGUUAAAUACAGCCAAAUCGAAAAGGAAGGACUUUCCAUAAUAUUUGGAGUAAAACGUUUUCACCAAUAUCUUUACGGAAGAAAAUUUAUCCUGAUCACAGACCACAAGCCGCUUGUUACCAUUUUUAAUCCAGGCAAGCAUCUUCCGUUGAUGACGUCAAACAGGCUACAGCGUUGGGCCAUUAUUCUCUUGGCCUACAAAUUCGAUAUCCAGUAUCGAUCCACAUCUGCUCAUGGUAAUGCGGAUGCCCUUUCUCGCCUUCCAGUGGGUACAGAUCCAGAUUUCGAUAAAGAAGAGGAAGCUUGCCAUACUGUAGUCGAAGUGUCAACACCGAUAAAUUCAGAGCUCAUUUGCAACCACAUGGACAGAGACGAACUCCUCAAACAAGUCCUGCAGUACGUAUCUGUAGGAUGGCCAGAAAAACUUCAGCCAGGCAACGAAGCCCUAUUGCCUUACUUUAACCGAAAGUUGGCUCUUACUCUCAACAAAAAAUUGCUUUGCCUACACACAGACGCAAAUCGUGUAGUAAUUCCAGCCAGUCUACGUGCCCAUAUCCUAAAACUCUUACAUGAAGGACAUUGGGGCAUUGUUCGAAUGAAGCAGUUGGCAAGACAACAUGUUUGGUGGCCUACCAUUGACGAAGACAUCAAAAGCCUGGCCCAGUCAUGCAGCAUCUGCAAGUGCAACAAUCCUGCACCACCAAGAGAGUACCAAAGUUGGCCAGCAGCAACAACAGCAUGGGAGCGAAUUCAUAUCGACUUCGCCGGCCCAAUCUUUGACGCUAUGUGGCUCAUAUGUGUAGACGCCUUUUCACAGUUUCCAUUUGUAAUCCAAAUGUCGUCUACAAAAACCGCCAACACGAUCGCUGGAUUGUCUUCGAUUUUCGCCAUCGAAGGAUACCCGAAAACCAUGGUUAGCGAUAAUGGUCCUCAGCUUACAGCUGACGCCUUCGAAGAAUUCUACAAACUGCACGGUAUAAAGCAUAUUACCACAGCACCAUUCCACCCAGCAUCCAACGGAUUAGCAGAACGUUUUGUGCAGACGUUCAAAUUUGCAGUCAAGAAGAACCUCCAAGACGGUAUACCACUUAGGGUGGCUGUAACUAAAUAUCUUUCUUCUUACAGGUUCACUCCAAAUGCCCAAGGUAAAACUCCUGCCGAGUUAAUCCACGGUAGACCAGUCCGCACCGUGCUUAGUCAACUUUUCGAGAAGCCUGUCGAGGCUAAACAAACAAACACCAAGUACAUCCCUAAUCAAAUGGUAUACGCUCGAAACUAUUCAAGGGGAGAAAAGUGGAUUGAAGGCAUAAUCGACCGUCCAGUUGGAAAAAUGCUUUUCAUCAUUCGCACCUCAAAUGGCUAUAUCAAGCGCCAUUUCAACCAGCUGAAACCGAAGUUGUCAGCAAACAACUCCAUCGAGAAACCUCCAGAGUUUUGGUGGAUUCCGGAACUGCCAAAGCCAUCCUUAAACCAAGAAAUACAGCGACAAGAACAACCGCCAACUCCGCCAGUUGUUCAGCGACCUGAUCCUGCUCCUGUGUCUGGCCCUCCUGAACGCGCAGCAGCCCCUACCCAGCAGCCGAGACAAAUACAAUCUACACAACGUAGUUCCGGCAUACCAGUACGCCAAAGCAGCCGUGUUCGCCAGGAAGUCGAUCGUUUUAAGCCAAAGGACUUCAGACGAUCUAAAAACAUUAAUAAUUCCUAA